UCUACCAGUGUUGAACGGGUGUCUGUGAAGGAUUUUCUUACAUAUCUACGUACAAAAUACGUCAUGCGAGGCUUGUUAUUAGUCGUGUGUCUGACGUUCAUCGACCAUUCAUCCUCGUUCGGCGGCGAUGACAAGUUCUUAAGAAAAUACGCAAUGAUGAAGGUAUACGAGUCCUGUUUUGGACAGGAGGUGGUAAAGGAAGUGCGGAUGGAAAUGAAAGCUGCUGCGUCCAAAUGUGCCGGAAGUGGAAACGGAAUCCAGCUGGGCGGAGCGGCGUCUCAUCAAACGACAAACCCCCAGCACAACCAAAUCAAACAAGGAAUUGUAACAAGCACGAUGCACAAAAUUCAUCAUCAGAAACCGCACCACUCGGCCCUAGUGUCUUCGCACGAAUCUUUGCCUGAGGCUGCUGCCUUGCACUCGGACGGCCAGCAUCAACAGCAGCCGAAUAAACAGCCGACUCUCGACUUGGCCAAGCUGCAGGAAGCAAUAAUGGCCGGUUAUAACAACAAACAGUCCUACACCCAGCAGACUUUUUCUUCGUCGAACCAUCACCAGCCUGGAUUCGCCCAACAGCCUCAUUACCAACUGGGCUUUAGCAGCCGGCCCUACUACCAGGCUGCCCAACCGAUGCCCUAUUAUCCUCCACAGCACGCGCCUUACCCUCAACCUCCUCAGCCGUACAUGCCGAGCCCCUAUUACCAGCAGGCUUACCAACCUUAUCAACCCUAUUAUGGCCGUUCAUCCAGGGAUCUGGACGUGAGAGGACAGCUUGAGACUCUGACGACCAGGAUGUCCGGCAGGAUAAGGAAUGUAACUUGCGUCAUGCAGGAACUAGGAUAUCUUGAUAACAAUUUAGAACCAGAUUACAGUCGCAUGAUUGAUCGAAUUGCAAGACUUCCAGUUGCCGACGAUCUGAAGAAAGACAUGACCGAGGGUGUAGACUUUUGCAGACAGUUCUCGCAAUGCGUUCCUGAUGAUCGAAAGGACAAGCUUAUCAGAGAAAUGGUGAGACCGAUGUUCUUCUUCAGAUGCUACAAACAUAAGAAAUUGGAGGCGUGCAUAAUGAAGGAUGUCAGAGAGCGUUACACCAACACGGACGAUUUGACCGAAGACAACCUGACAGGAAAUGACAACCGAGUGGCGAAAGAGUUUAGCGAAGACAACAUGGCAACAGCUAUCUACGAGUUCCUAUACGGUGGCGACAACAUUGACAUCGAUACACUUCUCUGAUGACGAUUUCCAUUCGAUGUCCCAAAAGAUAUUUUGCACCAAGGUUUAUAACGGCUGUUAUUCCUAAUGGCAGAAUGACAAACAUGUAUUGUGUGUGUGUAUGUGUGUGUGUUUAAUUGCCUUUUUUUAAAUUAAAUCUGAAUGAGGGUCAUGCUACAAAUCAAAAUGCAAUCUGUCAUAUUCAAUUUGUUUCAAUCUUUUAACCUUCAUUCAAGACAACAUGAAGAUUUCCGGUUAAAGGAAUAAACCUAAUAUUUCAGAUUUAAUUUGAAAAUUUAAAAUUUGAAACUGUAACUCUUGCAAUUUGGUAUACAGCAUUCUUGUAUAGAAGGAAUACUGUAUUGUGUAAAUAGAUGUUUUUAGAUAGCAUUGUUACAGUUUUGAAUAGACUAUCGUAUAAUUAUAUUUAUUAAAAAUAAAAAAAUUAAAAACAUUGAGCAUUGAA